AUGCCUCAAAGACAGCCUCAGUCACCUAAUCAGACUUUAAUUUUAAUCACAAAUGACACAGAAUCAUCCAGCCCUGUCAUUCCUAAUGAUACCAAGAAUAAAGGAUGGACCGGAGACAACUCUCCAGGAAUAGAAGCAUUGUGUGCCAUCUACAUAACGUAUGCUGUGAUCAUUUCAGUGGGCAUCCUUGGAAAUGCUAUUCUCAUCAAAGUGUUUUUCAAGACCAAAUCCUUGCAAACAGUUCCAAACAUUUUCAUCACUAGCCUGGCUUUUGGAGAUCUUUUACUUCUACUAACUUGUGUGCCAGUGGAUGCAACCCACUACCUUGCAGAAGGAUGGCUGUUCGGAAGAAUUGGAUGUAAGGUGCUCUCUUUCAUCCGGCUCACUUCUGUUGGUGUAUCAGUGUUCACAUUAACAAUUCUCAGCGCUGACAGAUACAAGGCAGUUGUGAAACCACUAGAGCGACAGCCCUCCAAUGCCAUCCUGAAGACCUGUGCCAAAGCUGGGUGCAUCUGGAUUGUUUCAAUGAUAAUUGCUCUACCAGAGGCUAUAUUUUCAAAUGUAUAUACUUUUCAAGAUGCCAACAAAAAUACCACAUUUGAAUCAUGUGCUUCUUAUCCUGUUUCAGAGAGGCUCCUGCAAGAGAUACAUUCUCUGCUGUGCUUCUUAGUCUUCUACAUUAUUCCACUCUCUAUUAUCUCUGUCUAUUAUUCUUUGAUUGCUAAGACUCUUUACAGAAGCACCUUGAACAUGCCCAUGGAGGAACAAAGCCAUGCUCGCAAGCAGAUUGAAUCCCGGAAGAGAAUUGCCAAAACGGUGUUGGUGCUUGUGGCUCUGUUUGCUCUCUGCUGGUUACCGAAUCACCUAUUGUAUCUCUACCGUUCAUUCACUUAUCAAACUUACAUGGACCCCUCUGCCAUUCAUUUUAUUGUCACCAUUUUCUCUAGGGUUCUGGCUUUCAGCAAUUCUUGUGUAAAUCCCUUUGCUCUUUACUGGCUGAGUAAAACCUUCCAGAAGCAUUUUAAAGCUCAGUUAUUCUGUUGCAAGGCAAAGCUGCCUGACGCUCCUCCUGUCAAUAUUCCUCUUGACAACCUGGCUGUAAUGGGAAGGGUCCCUGGUGCUGGGAGCAUGCAGAUGUCUGAAACUAGUAUGUCCUUGUUCACUGGGUGGAGUGUGAAAAAGGAAGAUGACAGAGUCUAG